AUGCGAACCACCACAAUUGUAUUCCUAUUUGCACUUCAACUUGAUGCUCUUGCUCAAUUCAGGGCAUCCACUCAACAAUUUAUUGUGAAUAUCCAUAACACUUUUCGAUCAAAGGUCGCAAUGGGAACAUACGUGGCUCAAGGAAUUACAAAACCAGCAGGGAGCAAUAUUCUUAAAAUGAAAUGGGACGCUACAUUGGAAACUUCGGCUCAAGCGUAUGCUAACACUUGUCAAAGUGUUCAUUCAAACACUCCUGGAGUUGGAGAGAGCCUCUACACACGUUACACAACUCUUCCUAUCUCCGGUCUUGAUGUUUACGGAGGAGCUGCUUCCGUUGCUUGGGAACAAGAAUUUCAGCGUUUCGGAUGGCCAUCAAAUACAUUCACACUUGCUAAUACAUCUCCAAUUGAAACAACAACUGCUCACGCUACACAAAUGGCUUGGGCAUCUACUGGAUCUAUAGGAUGUGGAGUUAAGAAUUGUGGAGUUGAUCCAUCGAUUCCCGGCUACAAUAGAGCAAUUGUAGUAUGCCAUUACAAAUCAUCAGGAAAUAUUCUGAAUCAACAAAUUUACAAAACAGGAGUGACAUGCUCUCAAUGUCCGACUGGAACAACUUGUGAAGCGGCAACUGGAUUAUGUGCAUAA